CUUCUAAGCUAUAUUAAGUGGAAUAAGAAAUUUUCAAUUUCGAAGCUGAGCUAAUGAAUUGGUGCCCAGCAAAGUCUUUCCGAAUUACCUAAUCUAUGUAUGGACCAUUGGCAAAAAUUACCAGGUUAAGUUUGAAAUAAUUUACAUAGAGGCGGGUUCCACAAUUCUAUAAGUACUUUCAUGCUACACACAUCGAAGUUCAUUGCAAGACUCAACCAAAAGAGUUGUCUUUGAUGUGCCCGAAUUGUUAUGCAUGUCUUAAGUAUUUUGAAGCACGUGCUAACACUUAAUGGCUCGAGAUUGUAUAUAAUACACAACGCUAAUAGGUGAAUUAAUUAUGCAAGCGUUUUGUAAGCUGUGCAGAAGCAAUAAACUCAGCCCGCGCUAGCCGAUUAAGCUACAAACCAGUCUGUUGGUAUGUCACAAAUUAAAAAAACGGUUGAGACAAAUUACAUACUAAAUCACUAGUUAAAUAUUUUUCAACUGAAUAAAUUAACGGCAUUAGGUGUCAAGGGAUGUGAAUGAAAUUAAGAACAAACUUUAUAUUCAGAAAAAUAAUGAAAGGUUCAAAAACCAAUAACAUACAGAAGGAUUACUUUGGAAGACUCUGUUAUUAACAUGUAAGCAAAAGUGAUAUCAAAAGGUCCAUAGUUCCCUACUUGUAAAAAAAUUAUUGUGAAAUGUCUUUGCAAACAUCGGCCAUUUAAAUUAACUAUAGAAUAAACUCAGAAAUUCCCCUCUGGCUUUACUCAGUAACACUGAGCAGUGUGUAGGGUAUAGCUGUAGAACGAGAAAAAUAUAAAACCUCAUAAUAUUAGCAUUUCGAAUAUUUUGGUUUGCAAUUGGUCUGAAACAAAUUACUAAAACUUUUAAUGCCAAAUUCGUUGCCAAUUGGAAUAAAAUUGAUAAUUUUGGGAAUAAUGAAAUGUUUCUUCAAUACAAGUUUUGGACCAGUCUGCAUCUUGCUCUUCUUUCGCCCGUCUCUCUGUGGAACGUGUGUAAAUUGAAUAUUCGAUAUGGACACACAUGUACCCAUGCUGGCCUCGCCCCACGUUUUUUGCCGGCUAUUUGCAUAAAAUUCAUAAAUAUAUGCAUACAUUAAACUAAUGAUUUUUCCAGACAAGUAAGCAAAAUUCUAAACGCUUUUAUAACACAUUCGGGCUGUUUUUGACUUUCACAAUAUUCUCUUUUGUCGGCCUUUUGAAAGGUAGACAUUUUUGUAUUUGAUAAACGUUUAAGAGCUGCAUAUUAAGCCCUAAACUUGAAAUACAAGAAUUAUUGGCAACAGGCCGAUUCUUCCUCACUUUAAUAUAAAAUAGCGGGAACAAAGCACCAUUGCUUAUUUCAUUUAACUUUGCUGAACUGUAAAGAACCAGAGUAGAAAUAAUGUUUCCCUAUUGUGUGUGUCUAAGCCUGUUGGUUCUAGCUUCGGCCCAGGAUAUGGGUUAUAACUACGCCAGCGCGAGUGUUCCCGAGCCACAGGUGCUACUCGCGCCCCCCGAACCCGCAGCUGCUGCAGAAUAUGUCUCCACUCCAGUAGCUGCCGCCACGCAGCAAUACAUUCAGCAAGCUGCACCUGCCCCUAUAUACCGUAAGGAAUUUUACUACUUCAACGCACCAGCCGAGUCUGUCGUUCAUCGGUCAGUUGUACCUGCAGCUCAACCCGCGCCCGUAGUGAAGAAACACUUGAAUGUGAUUUUUAUUAAAGCGGCUGAGAGCGGCAAAUCUCGCUACCAGCCAUUGCACACCUCAGUGCCCCAUGUUACCGAAGAGACAAGGACCAAGAUUUACGUACUCAGCAAGGAGCCCAGUCGACAGGCAUCCAGGCCAGCUGCAUCCCAGCAGCACACCACCACAUACAAGUCGCACAAGCCGGAAGUGCAUUAUCUCAAGUAUAGUUCACACGCAGAGGCGCAGCAACUGCAACAGCAGAUUGUACAGCAAUACGGCGGCGGUCAUGUGGUUGAAUUAGGCGGACACGAGGUUGCGUCAAAUGUGAAUAGACAAUAUCUUGCUCCAGCUAUAUCCAACGUGAAUAAUCAGUAUCUCGCUCCCGCUGUGGAAGCUGUGGCGGAUUCAGUGCCUGAGCCAACGAACGCUUACAUUCCACCGAGGAUCUUCAAGUACUAAACAAUUACGCGUUACGCAUUGUUGUGUUGUCUAAUUGUAUAAACUUAAUUUUUUCUUUAUUUUUUUAUUCCAAAUUACUUCCAAUAAUUCUCUGUGAGAAAUAUAAUAUUACUAAGUACAAAUUGUU